ACACACGGUAAUGACGCAAAACACUUUCGAGUCGCGCUGUGAGAUUUGGCAGUGGUAAACAGAUCUUUCUUGGUGGUGAAAACAGGACAGCUAUGAACUGGAGCAAGGGUGGCCCAAGUGGUAAGCGAGGGUUCGGGUUUGGAGGAUUUUCCCUUGGUGGUGCUGGUGGAGGAGGAGGAAAGAAAGAAGAACUGCACGUGCCUCAGAAAUCCCACACGUCCUUCGGAGGCGCAGGGACAGCUGGAGGUUAUGGCAAGAACCAGCAACUCCCUGCAUUCUACAAGAUAGGAACAAAAAGAGCAAAUUUUGAUGAAGAGAAUGCAUAUUUUGAAGAUGAUGAAGAGGAGUCAAGCAGCACAGAUUUGCCAUAUAUCCCAGCUGAGAACUCCCCCACACGGCAACAAUUCCAGUCUGGAGGGGGCUCAGACAGUGAGGAUGAUCCUCUGGAUGCUUUCAUGGCCCAAGUGGAGGACCAAGCAGCUAAAGACAUGAAGAAACUGGAGGAAAAAGAGAAGGAAAAGAAGGUUGAAAAGUAAGAUCCCUUCAAUUUCUACCCUUUAAGCUUAGGUCCUUCAAAAUUACUUUGUCAAUAAUAUAAGCAAAACUAUUAUUAGCAAAGGCCCUAUUCAAGGCCACCAGGCAGGCAGGUGUAGUACAUUCUUCUAUUUCACCUGUGUAUUGAUUUGCACAUAUUUCUAUGGUUAUUAGUCAAGUGUCUCAAUUAUUAAUCUAUUCUCAUCCCAAAACUCUAGCAUGUUAUUAAGAUACUGUAGAUAUAAAGUUCCCACUUCAACUACAACCAUUCACCACUGUGGAGCAGAGAUAUGUCUCAUUUGAAAUAAUCUGUCUUGCCAUUCAAUUACCUUAAAUUUCCCCAGUUGGUCCAUACUGUAGGUAACUCAUCAAGCCUGCCUUGCAUGGCGACUAUGUAGGGAGGGGAUAAGCGUGACAUUAGACAGGUUGUGGGGAAUCAUGGGUGAACAAACGAGUCGCAGGGAAGUUUUUUUUUCUCCGCUUGUUUUUACAGGGGUAUACGUGAUGACAUUGAAGAGGAAGAUGAACAAGUAAGUGAUCCAUCCAACGUUCCUAAUUUACUACUGAUCAGAGAGCCUCCAGACCCCAACCUCCCCUCCCGACCCAUCUAUGGCCAAGUCUCACCACCUACCACAUCUCUUGCUCUUUUUUUCUCUCUUUUACUCCAUAGCUCUCUCACACUAUGCUAACAAACCCAAUUGCAGGUUGAAUCCUUCGCCCUAUCCUUCUUGGAUAUGUACAUGCAUACUUGUGGUGUCAAUUAUAUAUAUAUAUUUUUCUUUUUUAUAUACCCAUGCCUAAACUAAGCAUGUUGAUUAAUAGUUUAUCAUCUCUUUUCAAAUAUGCCAUACUGUAAUGAAUGUUUACUAUUAACUGUUGCUGUUCUUACUACUUUGUGAAGGGGGGUUAUAAAAUCUGACACUGUGAUCAAUUUCAGUCCAAAUAACGCAAAGACUGGUUUAAACUGAGUGUUAAAACAUAAAAUGGCUUAGACUCUGACAUUGAUAUGGGCGAUCAUCAGAGCAUUUUGCCGUUGACUGUAUUUGAAUGUAUAUCCCCCGGUUAUGAGAGUGGUAAGAGUGCCUGCAUGAAUGUGUGCUACAUUAGGCGUUUAAGCUGACCCUGGUUGACUCAUGCGGCUGUGCUCUGUGCAGGAAGCCUACUUCCGCUACAUGGCAGAGAAUCCCACAGCUGGGCUGACCGCAGAGGACGAGGAUGAGAACAUAGACUACGACAGUGAUGGGAAUCCCAUUGCCCCCACCACUAAGAAGAUCAUCAUGCCCCUGCCCCCGAUGGACCACUCUGAGAUUGACUACCCACCUUUUGAGAGGAACUUCUACAACGAGCAUGAGGAGCUUCUCAGCCUGACAGGCACAGAGGUGUUUGAGCUGAGACACAAACUCAACCUGCGGGUGUCUGGUGCCGCCCCUCCUAAACUCUCCACCAGCUUCGCCCACUUUGGGUUUGACGAGCAGCUGAUGCAUAUAAUCCGCAAGUCGGAGUACACUCAGCCAACACCUAUUCAGUGCCAGGGAGUUCCCAUUGCCCUUAGUGGGCGGGACAUGAUUGGCAUUGCGAAAACUGGUAGUGGCAAGACUGCAGCCUUCAUCUGGCCCAUGCUAGUUCACAUCAUGGACCAGAAGGAACUGGAGACUGGAGAGGGGCCUAUUGCAGUCAUCGUGUGCCCCACCAGGGAGCUCUGUCAGCAGAUCCACGCGGAGUGUAAGCGUUUUGGGAAAGCAUACUCCCUGCGCUCGGUGGCGGUGUAUGGAGGAGGCAGCAUGUGGGAGCAGGCCAAGGCUCUUCAGGAGGGGGCAGAGAUAGUUGUGUGCACCCCGGGUCGUCUGAUUGACCAUGUGAAAAAGAAGGCCACCUCUCUGCAGAGAGUGACAUACCUGGUGUUUGAUGAGGCAGAUAGAAUGUUUGAUAUGGGCUUUGAGUAUCAAGUGAGAUCCAUUGCCAGCCAUGUACGACCUGAUCGACAGACUCUUCUGUUCAGCGCCACCUUCCGUAAGAAGAUUGAGAGGCUGGCUAGAGAUAUCCUGGUGGACCCCAUCCGCGUGGUGCAGGGAGACAUCGGGGAGGCCAAUGAGGAUGUGACCCAGGUAGUGGAGAUCAUGCCCAGUGGGGUGGAGAAGUGGGGCUGGCUGACCCGCCGCCUGGUGGAGUUUACCUCCUCUGGAUCUGUACUUAUCUUCGUCACCAAGAAGGCCAACUGUGAAGAGCUGGCCACCAACCUGACCCAGGAGGGCCACAGCCUGGGCCUGCUGCACGGAGACAUGGACCAGAGUGAGAGGAACAAGGUCAUCGCUGACUUCAAGAAGAAGAGUCUGCCCGUGCUGGUGGCCACCGACGUGGCAGCCCGUGGUCUGGAUAUCCCUUCAAUACGCACAGUAGUGAACUAUGACGUGGCUCGGGACAUCGACACACACACACACCGAAUUGGCCGAACUGGUCGUGCUGGAGAAAAGGGUGUUGCCUACACCCUUCUCACCAGUAAAGACACAUCAUUUGCAGGAGACCUUGUGCGUAACCUGGAGGGAGCCAAUCAAAGCGUCUCUAAGGAGCUGAUGGACUUGGCAAUGCAGAAUCCCUGGUUCAGGAAAUCACGCUUCAAGGGCGGCAAAGGGAAGAAGCUAAACAUUGGAGGAGGUGGUCUGGGCUACAGAGAGAGGCCAGGAUUGGGAGCUGAAAGUUCUGAGCGUAGUGGUGGUGCUGCCAUGGGUAACUAUGAGGGCUACAGCAAGCCUACCGGAGCCAUGGGAGACCGCAUGUCAGCAAUGAAGUCAGCCUUCCAGUCUCAGUAUAAGAACCACUUUGUGGCGGCGUCCGGCAUGGUUCCUAAACUCACCACUAAGUCCAGUAGCUCUUCAGGCUGGACCAGCGCUGGAAGUCUGAGCUCCGUCCCCACCGGGGCCCCUGAGGGCCCAGAUCGGCCCCGUGGGCCCCCCUCCUUAACCAUGGCCCCUCCAGCAGCCCUCAGCAUGGGCACCAAGAUGGCAGGCUUCACCAGCGCUGGCUCCCUGAGCUCUGUGUCAGACAGCCAGGCCACUGCUCCUCAGGGGAAUGCCGCCCCACCCUCACCCAGGGAAGGGCCCCGUGACAGACAUGGUGAUGAAAGGAGUCGCCAUGGAGAUGGCCACUAUCGUGACAGGAGAGACAGGAGCGAGCGGCACAGUGGCGGGGGAGAGCGGGACCGCUACGGGGAGCGGGACCGCCACGUAGACCGCGACAGAUACGGGGACAAGGAUCGCCAUGGCAGCAGUGGGCGCCAUGGCGAUAGUCGUAAUGGAGAGGGAAGUAGAAGGGACAGAGAGCGAGACGAUUGUAGAGGUGACAGGGAGAGUGGAGACAGGGCAGGGAGUGAAGGAAGGGGGGACAGAGCUGAGGCGAAAGGAGACCGAGAGGAAGACAGCUUUGCAGUCCCAGAUCCACCAAAACGCAAAAAGAGUAGGUGGGACAACUAAAGCACAAACACAUCACCUGUAAAGCAAGCAACCAACUGUUCUUAGAUGAGCAUGCCUAGUCUGUAGAUGCACAGCUGGUCAUUUCAGCUGAAACAUGCACAGAAUUUCAAGGGUUAAUGUGUGAACCGACCCUACUGCGCGGUGUAAAUGCAAGGGGAAAGAUAUGCUAUCCUGCAUUGGUUGGGGAUUCAGAAACAUGGCUCCUGAUUGUCAGCUUGUCUGAAGAAGUGUUGAGAUUUUGGAUAGAGUUCCACUCUACUGUGCAUGGAGAAAAAUCUACUGUAAAUAUACCAUCCAGAUAGUUUAAACCUCACCAUAAGUGAGAUGGUCAAUCUUUCUGGUCAAUAGAAGGGAGCAGUGGAGCUGUUAUGCAGUCCUGAAGCCACAGAAAACACCUGUGAUUGAGAUGUCUGUUGUAUUCUUACGUCCACCCCCUGUCGUUCUAGUUAAACUCUUAGCCCUGAGUAACCCAAUAGCCCUAUUGGACUAAAUGUGAGUGUAUAUUAUCAACCCACGUUAAUGACAGAUCUCCUUUUUUAUUAUUAUAAGUGUACUACUUCCUGUGAAUCCAUCUGUGUUUGUGAACUUUGCAGCUUGUAUUCACUUCUUAGUAAAGUGCCUCUGUGUCACGUAGGUGUUUUUUAUGCUUUUGAAAGUGGAGUGUAUGUAAAAAUGUAUUUGUUAAUUUUUGUGUGAGGCUACGCUUGAGUUCAUUCACGGGAGCAUGCCAAGUAUUUUUGAUUAAAAAAAAUGGCUUUGGCAGUUUA